GGGCAGACAGAUGUUCACUCACACCCAGGGGCAAUUUAGCAUGUCCACUUGGCCUGACUGCAUGUCUGUGCACUGUGGGAGGAGGCCGGAGAACCCGCAGGAGACCCACGCAGACACGGGGAGAACAUGCAAACUCCACACGGAGAGGACCAGGAUGAAUAGACAUAUAUAUGUAAAUGAGUACAUUUUUUGGCAUCCCAAAAACAAUGAAUUCAAAACAGGCAGCUCACUUUCCACAUAUGGACCGUAUGGAAUGGGGAGUGAAUGGUGCGUUCACAUAGUACAUCAAAGCCAUUCAUUAAAAAAAAAAUGUUUUUCUGUGAUAUGGGCCCUGUCAUAACAACAAUAACAGAAGUGAACUAAUCAAAUCACUAUAACUUACAAAUAGCUGUCCUGCUUUUGCACCACCAGAUGGAAAAGUGGACAAAGAGAAGAUUUUUUAAAUGAAUGGAAAAUGUGUAAAAAAUGUGACUAUUAUAGAGCAAAGUCAUAUAAUAAAUGAUAUCUACUUGCUUAAUAGAAAUAGUUCACUGUAGGCCUAUAUACUGAAACCACGUCAUGUAAAUUGCCCUCUAUCAACAACAGGUGGCGCUGUUUCAUAAGUAAUAAAAUCCAAAGGUCAUCGCGUAUUCAAAAUGGAUACUUCUGGAGACUUGCCUGUCAGCCGUCAAGGUAGGACUAUGGUUUUGACUUGGAUCGUGUCCAAUUAUUAAAAUCAGACCUGGCAUGCAAAACCAUCCGGAUUUAUCAUUAUUCUGUAGCGUCAGGACACAAGUAAGAGUUUGUAGACAGAAUAACUUCCACUCUGUCUGAGGGUUCAGGUUAAACACGAGCACCAAGCGCUCCACAGAGCUCGACAGCAGAACAGGGAGUUUCUACCCCGUGGACCUGGCCUGUCAGGAUUACCAUGAGCUGAAUCCUGACUCUCAUAAAGGUCCGGAGAGCCUCCACCCAGACACAAAGACCUUUAGCCAUCCCAGUGGAGCAGAGGUACAUGUAACUCAGGAUAACGUAGGCCGGCUAAUGCUGUUUGGUGAGGGAGGUCCACCCCAUUCCCUUCUGGCCCUUCAUACACCAGCAGAUGAAACCCAAGUGGUUGCGUUGUACUUGCAUGGCAAGUGGUGGCCCAUCGGCGAGGUUUUGAAGACAUCCAGCAAAUCCAGACAUGGGCUUUUGAUUGUGCAGUCAGUGAUGGAGAGAGUUAUACUCUUCCUGCUCAGUCAGAUCAUAUUUGGGGUUAUGGAGAAGCCUCUAGGAGAAAGCAUGUACUUCUCCGCUCCUUCUGCACUGGAAUAUGGAAAAAUCCUCUGGCAAGAUGGAGAAGCUGUUGGCUUUUACACCAUUAAAAAGAAAGGUAGCCUGUGCGAUGGCUGCACUGGUCAAAGUUACCUUCUUCCCGUGCUGGACACUGUGUUUGUGCGCACUCACUGGAGAAGGAAUGGGCUGGCCUUACAGAUGCUCCAGGAUUUCUGCACGUCCAUGUCCAAGGAAAGCGUGCUUGGAAUCAGCCGCCCCGUAUCUACUAGCAUGUAUGGAGUAUGCAAGAAGUACUUGGAGACCCACAAGGAACAAAGGGAGCGCCUCUAUGAAGUGGACGCUCCUGGGGAAUGGAGUCAGAGACGCAACGUGUGGUUGAACAUACAGCUCCAGCACCGCCCAGCACACAGCGCAAACUCAGAUGGAAGUCCACACAGCACACGAGCUAUGGCAAGAACGCUCAUAGACAAUAAGGGAAAGGUCCUGGAGGGCAUACCACAAGUUCAUACAUCUGCAGUAAAAGGCAUUGAGGCAAACAAGCCUUGAAAGGUCUGUACAGAAAAACGACUAACCAGCCAGACUGGAAUAACUCCCACGUGUAAAAAAGCCAAGAGGGCUUUUUAAAUUCUGCGCUUUAAAUGAGUUUGGAUGUGAAAAGUCUCAGAGCAAUCUGUGCUCAGCAUUUCAGCUGUGUGCUACAGAUAAUGUUGAAUAUCAAUGCUAAACUUUCCUCUUAUUCCCAUACUGUUGGAAACAUAAUACAUCACAAAUACAACAUAACACUGAAGGGAAUCGAUUAUUAUUAAAGCCAAUUGAAAAAUCAAA